GGUAAUUUGAAACCCUAAAUUCUAACUAGUGGAAGCGCCUUCUCUUAUUUCUUCUACCUGCUCAAGAAAGCUGAUGAGAUAAGACCUUCAUUCUUGACAUUUCUGCGACCCUAUCCAUUCUCUUACACGCUUACUUAAUUUUUCUCCAUCAACUCUCAAGUGCUAAUUUCCAGACGGAAUUAAGUGUAGAAUCUUGUAAGAAAAUCCAAAUCCAAAUCGGACCAUAACUAUUGCGGUUGAAGCAAAGCCCAAUCCAAUAAUGGCGUUUUCAGCGACUCAAAUCCAUGUUUUGGGAGCCACCUCCUUUACAUCCUUCACUACAAAACCCUCCUCGUCAAGGCCAAACUCAGUCUUAUUCGGCCAGAAAUUGAACUCUAGUAAAGUCUUUUUGGGAACCCCUAAUUCGGCUUUCUUGAGACACAAUAAAAGUCGUCGGAGUUCCGUCGUAGGUCCGGUGAGGAUUGUAAAUGAGAAGGUGGUAGGAAUUGACCUAGGAACCACAAAUUCGGCAGUUGCCGCCAUGGAAGGAGGGAAGCCUACUAUUGUAACCAACGCAGAAGGGCAGCGAACGACGCCGUCUGUGGUGGCGUAUACCAAAACUGGAGAGAGACUGGUUGGACAGAUUGCGAAGCGUCAAGCCGUGGUGAACCCUGAGAAUACUUUUUUCUCAGUGAAGAGGUUUAUUGGGAGGAAAAUGUCGGAGGUUGAUGAGGAGUCUAAGCAGGUCAGCUACAGAGUAGUUAGGGAUGAAAAUGGUAAUGUUAAACUUGAAUGCCCUGCUAUUGGAAAACAAUUCGCUGCUGAAGAGAUCUCUGCCCAGGUAUUAAGAAAGCUUGUGGACGAUGCAUCAAAAUUUUUGAAUGAUAAAGUAACCAAGGCUGUGGUUACAGUACCUGCUUACUUCAAUGACUCUCAAAGAACAGCAACCAAAGAUGCUGGCCGCAUUGCUGGUUUGGAAGUACUUAGAAUUAUCAAUGAGCCAACUGCUGCAUCUUUGGCUUAUGGUUUUGAGAAGAAGAGUAAUGAGACUAUAUUGGUGUUUGACCUUGGUGGUGGUACUUUUGAUGUUUCAGUCCUUGAGGUUGGUGAUGGAGUAUUUGAAGUACUUUCAACAUCCGGAGAUACUCAUUUGGGUGGUGAUGAUUUUGAUAAGAAAAUAGUUGAUUGGCUAGCUGCAAGCUUCAAACGAGAUGAAGGUAUUGACCUAUUAAAGGACAAGCAAGCGCUACAAAGAUUAACUGAGACAGCUGAGAAAGCCAAGAUGGAGUUGUCAUCAUUGACGCAGGCAGGAAUCAGCUUGCCAUUUAUUACUGCUACUGCCGAUGGACCUAAACACAUUGAGACCACCUUGACAAGGGCAAAAUUUGAGGAACUGUGUUCAGAUCUUUUAGACAGGUUGAAAACACCAGUUGAGAACUCCCUCAGAGAUGCCAAACUCUCCUAUAGUGAUUUAGAUGAAGUGAUUCUUGUUGGAGGUUCAACACGUAUCCCAGCUGUUCAAGAGUUAGUCAAGAAGUUGACUGGGAAGGACCCUAAUGUCACUGUGAAUCCCGAUGAAGUUGUUGCUUUGGGGGCUGCAGUACAGGCCGGUGUCCUUGCUGGAGAUGUGAGCGACAUUGUUCUUUUGGAUGUGACACCCUUAUCAUUGGGUCUGGAAACCCUUGGUGGUGUGAUGACCAAAAUUAUCCCCAGAAACACAACCUUGCCCACAUCCAAGUCGGAAGUCUUCUCAACUGCUGCAGAUGGACAGACGAGUGUUGAGAUUAAUGUUCUUCAAGGAGAACGUGAGUUCGUAAGGGAUAACAAAUCCCUUGGUAGCUUCCGUUUGGAUGGUAUUCCACCAGCUCCUCGAGGUGUUCCUCAAAUUGAAGUCAAAUUUGACAUCGAUGCCAAUGGGAUUCUUUCCGUUGCUGCCGUGGACAAGGGAACAGGAAAGAAGCAAGACAUCACAAUUACCGGUGCUAGUACGCUACCUAGUGAUGAGGUGGAGAAAAUGGUUAGUGAGGCAGAGAAAUUUGCGAAGGAGGACAAGGAAAAGAGAGACGCAAUCGACACAAAGAACCAGGCGGAUUCUGUUGUCUACCAGACAGAGAAGCAAUUGAAGGAGCUCGGAGACAAAGUUCCAGCCCCCGUUAAAGAAAAAGUAGAAGCUAAAUUGGGAGAACUCAAGGAUGCCAUUUCUGGUGGUGAGACUCAAGCAAUAAAAGAUGCCAUGGCUGCAUUGAACCAGGAAGUAAUGCAACUUGGCCAGUCCCUAUACAACCAGCCUGGUGCAGGAGGUGCACCAGGUGGUGCAGGGCCAACUCCUGGAGGCGAGUCUGGCCCCUCUGCAGAUUCAAGUAACAAGGGACCUGACGGAGAUGUUAUUGACGCUGACUUUACCGACAGCAAGUGAAAAGGAGGUUGAUUCUGCUAAAUUUAAAGAUGUGGAAAACGGCGGUUUACAAGAUUUUUUAGGCAGGAAAAUCAUGUUUGUUCCUUGCUCUACCAUAAACUUUUAGGAAAAAUGUAGAUGGCAAGGCUCCUUAACGUUUUUGGCGUAAUUUUGUUGCAUAUUUUGAAAGCUUAUAGAAUCUGGAUUUUUUUUUUAUGUAAUUAGAAUAUGAGAUUAAUAAUUAAUAACUAGAGGUGAUUGACGA